UGUAACUCGUCUGUGUGUCUGUUCUGCAGUAUGCUGGAGUGGGUGAGUGAAGUGUUCUGGCAGGAGCGUCUGUGGUUCCCCGAGGGAUUGGGAUGGGCUGAUCUGGAGGACCGUGAUGGCCGGGUCUACGCGAAGGCACGGGAUUUGUGGGUGGCACUGCCAAUCGCCGUCCUGUUUCUAGUAAUUCGACAGGUCUUUGAGAGAUAUGUUGCUACACCGCUAGCCUCUCUGCUGGGCUUGAAGGAAACCGUCAGACGGCGAGUUACACACAACCUCACCCUGGAGUCCUACUAUUGCAACACAACUAAAAACCCCUCACAGAGUUCAGUAGAGAAACUGUGCAAGCAGACGGGAUGGACAGAGCGACAGGUCCAGCGCUGGUUCAGGCGGCGCAGGAAUCAAGACAGACCCAACCUUCUCAAGAAGUUUCGUGAGGCCAGCUGGAGAUUCGCCUUUUAUCUUCUCGCCUUCAUCGGUGGUCUUGUUGCACUAAUAGAUAAACCCUGGUUGUAUGAUCUCCAGGAGAUGUGGAAAGGCUUCCCCACUCUGACGCUCCUGCCAUCUCAGUACUGGUACUACAUGCUGGAGCUGGGUUUCUACACCUCUCUUCUCUUCAGCGUGGCGUCUGAUGUCAAGCGUAAAGACUUCAGAGAGCAGGUCAUUCAUCACGUGGCCACCAUCAUGCUGAUCAGUUUCUCCUGGUGUGUUAAUUACAUCAGAGCGGGAACACUCAUCAUGUUCAUGCACGAUUCAGCCGACUAUCUGCUGGAGUCAGCUAAGAUGUUUAACUACGCCAGAUGGAAGAACGCAUGCAACUACAUCUUCAUCCUGUUUGCUGCGAUCUUCAUCGUCACACGCCUCAUCAUCUUCCCUUUCCGGAUCAUGUAUUGCACCUGGGUGUAUCCCGUGACCCUGUACCCUCCGUUCUUCGGAUAUUACUUCUUUAACGGGCUGCUGAUGGUUCUGCUGUGUCUGCACAUCUUCUGGGCCGCGCUGAUCAUACGCUUGGCCUUCCGCUUCUUGAGCAAUAACUCGUCGGUAGAAGACGAGAGGUCCGAUCGAGAGGAGACGGACGAGUCAGAGGAGGAAGAACAGAUGAAAAAUGGAGAGAUAAAGAAAAACGGACCAGCUCAGAAUGGCCACGCUACAUAUAACAACAACCACUCUAAAACAGAGUGACGUCUUUAGAAGACAGAAACCUAGAGAUCCUCUGCUGAAGCAGAGCAGAGAGGGUGACGAGCAGAGGAUCGAUUGCUGUCUACACUACAGACAAACACACACAUGCAGUAACAGUCAUCACACCAACACGGGCACAGCGUGCCAGACUCCUCCAUCUGGAGCGACAAACUAUUGACUUAAGCUUACAGGAGCAGAUCACCUAAACAUCUGCAUCAUUUACUGAUGCCUCUCCUAACCUCUCUUGCAGUUAUGUAUAGCAGAAUGUCCAAACUGCUCUUCCCCAUACAAUCAAAAUCAAUGGUGACCACGAAUGAAGUGCUCAUCUCAUAUGGAGUGUAUUUCAUGCCGCGUUUUCGUGCUUUCUAGAGCUUGAAAUCCUGUGAUUUCGUUGUAUGGAAGACAGCUAUGGAAGCCAAUGGGAUAAAUAAAAGGGAACUGUGACAUUUUAUCUCACAGUUCCAACUUUGUUUCUCUCAAUUCUGAGAACUCCAAAAUAUAAAACUCAGAAUUCCACACAAUUCCGAGUCUGUGUCUCUCAAUUCAAAAUUUUGCAUCUCGCAAUAAUUAUGAGACGUAAACUCAGAAUCGCAAGAGUUAUGAGAUAAAAAGCCGCAGUUACCUUUUUUUUUGGUUUUGUAUUCCCUGAGAGCAGCUCUGACAUGAUGCUGAACUCUAAGGAAAAAAGUCAUACGAGUAAAUGAUGACAGAAUUAUUUUAGGUGACCUGUGCCUUUUAACAGUGCCUUCCUUUGCUCUUUUUCAUGCCUUGUUUUUAGUUUUUAAUUUAAAGAAACUGCAUCUGUUUCCAGAGUAUAACCAUUGAUCAGUAAUACUGAACAUAUCUGAAUACCAAGCGCAUCAGUUCGGUCUUAAAGCGCGGUCACAAUUCACUGGUGAAAAAGUUCAUUGUUUAUUGCUAACAGUGUAGUGAUGUUUGAAAAGCAUCUCACACAGAAGUCACUUCCAAACCAAACAGAUGGUCAAGCGCAUUCAAUGCAUUUUUCCACUCGUGGAAUAAACAAAUCAUGGCGGCUGACAGUAAAUAAUGCAUUUCUGCAAUGGCAUUGGUUACUAGAAAGCUUUGGUUUUGUAUGACGCUGCAUCCCCGGCUCUGAAGUGUCAGUAUAAACCCAAGACGAUCAGCCAGAACACCAAAGAAGUCACUGAGUGCAUCUUAAGAUAUGGCUGAAUGUUACUAACUUCCUUCUUCCAUUCAGUUUAUGAACAUGAUAUUAAACCCAUAUUUUACUCCAAAGCUCCUAAAUAUGAAAACACGUAUUGGCCAGUUGUAGCAUGUUCAUUUUCACACAGAUGUUAAACAUUCACGAGCUGCCAGUCAAAGACAGAAUGAAUGUGUAACCGCGUGUGAGUUCGUGUCGACGCAGCUGAGAUGAACAGAUUCAGCCCCACAGCUCUCCUCCGAAUCAUCUCGUUCACAUCACAUCUCUGUGUCCUGCUCUGAUUCCAUCAUUCCUCCCAUCACUCUCUUCUGUACAUUUCAGAUGCAGUCGACUCAAUUACAGUGUUAUCUUUAUUUUGUAUUUUCUUGUGUUUUGUAAUAUGAUAAAAUUAUUAUGAAGGAUGUAAACAAUAAAAUACUGAAUGUGGGUCACA